AUGACAAGCGAUCCCACGACAGCGUUUGUUCAGCGGUUGGAGGUGGGCGGCUGGCAGGUCGUCGUCACCGACGGGAACGCAGUGCUGCCCGAAGGCAUGAGCACCUGCCGGACCACGCGGCCUCACUUCGCCUUCUACAACUGCUCGUCGCUCGUCUCCGUCACCCUCCCUCCCACCCUCACCUCCAUCGGCAGACGCGCCUUCUCCGCCUGCUCCUCCCUCACCUCCAUUUCCUUUCCUGCCGGUCUGACCACCAUCGGCUUCGCAGCCUUCGCAAGCUGCCCCUCCCUCACCCGCGUCACCGUGCCAACCACCGCCACCACCGUCCUCCGCCUCCCGCCCGCAAAGAUGCGCUGGUACGAGGCGGUGGACGGGGCUCUGGCCUACAAGCGCUGCCGCCCCCUCCUCUACGGCUGGCUAGAGCGGGCCCAGAUCGGGCUCGGCUCGUACGGCCCGGACGGCGCGGCGCGCAAGCGCGGGCGAGGAGUUUGA